GCCUGGGCUGCCGCCAUCGCCUUUCUCCAUCUCUGUGGUUGGCUUCUUUGACGGCGGCGGGAGUUCAAGCGUCAUGAAGGUUUGCAGUCAUGGCGCUUUCCGUUCGUUCAACAGCGUGUAUUUCCCGUUGCGCUCCGCCCUGCCAAUGAGGCCAUUCUCCUCACGUGGAGCGAGGACAGUUGCCUUUCUCGAGCGACAGCGUUGCCGCCGUCGCUGCUUUUCCCUGCCGCGCUCUCACAGAGUGUUGUUUCGAAAUUUCCUGAGCAUGUCCAGCAGGAAAGCCACACAUCAACUGUGGGAUGUGAGCCGGGGCAUCGUGUUUGCCGGCGGCAGCGGCAGCAGCAGCGGCUCGGUGUAUCCUCGCCUGCCGCCGGUAAGGCAUCAAAGUGUGCCAGCAGGCCCAGCUGCUGCUGCUCCGAAAGGGGGUUCGGCUGUGAUGCCGUCUCUUCUGCCAACGGGCAACGCGCUUGAACAGCUCUCUGCUGGCCAGGGGGCGGUGGGUGUGCAGGGCAAUGUCGCAACCACUUGGACGGUGACCCAUACCACUGCCGUAACGGUCGCCGGUUUUUGCUCCACAGCCGCAGUGGACGGAGACGCUACCGAGAAUGAGGACACUGCCGCCGGGCCCAAUGUCGCAGAAGCACCCAAGCGGAAGGACAUGGGCCCUCUUUCUCCGCCGUUCACUCCUCUAGAGUUCAAAAUCCCAGAGGAGACAUACCGCGAGGCCAAACAGGCUGCCGAGGGAUCCCCCAAGUCGUUCUGGACGUACGACAUGUACAGAGGCCCCGGCAAGGACGGCUCACCCGACGCCAAGGUCAAGGUUCAUUACUGCACCAGCAUGCGGACCACGGAACGAGUCAUCCAGCAGUACUUCAUGGAUGAGAAGAUCCUCGGGUUUGACUUGGAGUGGAUGGUCAAUGCUCCGAAGUCCUUUGGCCCCAGGAAGAACGUCUCCCUCAUUCAGCUGGCCUCCCCCAGCCGAAUUGGUCUUUUUCAUGUUGCCGCAUAUCCUCGGAAAGAUAGCCUGGUCGCCCCGUCACUGAAGAGACUCAUGGAAGACUCCGCCAUCACAAAGGUUGGCGUUUGCAUCAAGGGUGACUGCACGCGUCUGUCCGCGUUUCUGCACAUCAAGACUCGUGGCCAGUUUGAAUUGAGUCAUCUCUACAAGCUCGUCAAAUAUUCGGAGAUCAAUAUGCCGGGUGCCAUCAAUAAGAGGACGGUUUCACUUGCGGCUCAGGUUGAGGAUUGUCUUGGCCUACCUUUAUUCAAAGGCGGCGAUGUGCGUAAGAGCAACUGGAGCCAACGGCUAGAUAUGGAGCAGAUUCGCUACUCGGCGUCCGACGCCUACGCCGCUCUUCAACUCUACGCAGUCCUCGAUCACCAAAGAAAAAACCUCAACCCUGUCCCUCCACUCCCUUAUCACGCCGAGCUCAACUUGCCGAUCAGGCUCACUGAAGACCAACCCCCAACAAGCUCAGAAGAGGAAGAUCCCGAUCUUGUCUUGGCUCCUGGAGAAAACAUCACCCCCGUAGAUUGCUCAGCGGACCUCGACCCUUGCGGCCUCAGCAACAGCAGCAUUGAUUCCAACCCGCCCCUCCGCGGUCCGAACGCCUCUCUUCGUCAACCAAGUUGACCGCAGUUUCAAACCGCGGGUCUGAACUUAUAUCACGUCCAGCAACGGGGUUCAAGCCUUGGCGGACCACCAAACAACUCACUAGUCAACUCACCGACUCACAC